CAGGGGGCGCCGUGGGGGCGGCCGCGCCCGGCCCGGAACGCGGGGAGCGGGGCCCGAGGCCGCCCGGAGCCGAGGCGGGGGCACCGGGGUGGCGGAGAAGGAAAUGAGCCGACAUGUCUGAGGGCAGCAAGGGGAGCUCGCUGGCCUUCGGCCAGGUGGUGAUCGGGCCGCCGGGCUCCGGGAAGACGACCUACUGCCACGGCAUGCAGGAGUUCAUGGGCAGGAUCGGGCGCAAGGUGGCCGUGGUGAACCUGGACCCCGCCAACGAGGGGAUGCCCUACCCGUGCGCCGUGGACAUCUCCGAGCUCAUCACCCUGCCCGACGUGAUGGAGAGCUUGAAGCUGGGCCCCAACGGGGGGCUGAUCUACUGCAUGGAGUACCUGGAGGCCAACCUCGACUGGCUGCAGGAGAAGCUGGCCGCUUUCAGGGGUCACUACUACUUGUUUGACUGCCCGGGGCAGGUAGAGCUCUACACCCACCAUAGCGCCCUGAAGAACGUCUUUGCCCAGAUGGCCAAGUGGAAUUUCAGGCUGGCUGCAGUGCAUUUGGUGGAUUCUCACUACUGCACAGACCCCGGCAAGUUCAUCUCUGUGCUCUGCACGUCGCUCUCCACCAUGCUGCACGUGGAACUGCCCCACGUGAAUGUCCUCUCCAAGAUGGACCUGAUCGAGCAGUACGGCAAGCUGGCUUUCAACCUGGAUUAUUACACAGAGGUCCUGGACCUCUCUUACUUGGUUGACCAUUUAGCUUCUGACCCCUUCUUCAGAAAUUACCGCCGCCUCAACGCGAAGCUGGUGGAGGUGAUCGAGGACUACAGCCUGGUGUCCUUCGUUCCGCUCAACGUCCAGGAUAAGGAGAGUAUGCGGCAGGUGAUGCAGGCCGUGGACAAAGCCAACGGCUACUCCUUUGGAGACCAGGAGCACAGGAGCCUGGAAGCCCUGAUGUCGGCAGCAGUUGGAGCAGAUUUCCACUUUACUUCCACACUUGCAGUGCAGGAGAAGUAUGUGCAAUCUCGGGACAAGACCGUGGAAGAAGAAGUGAUGGAUAUGUAACACACCCGCCUCUGCCGCAGCUGCUCUCUGCUUUGACAGCUCUCCUUCCCUUGCCGGGAGUCGAAGGGAGGCUCCGUGUCGUCUGACUCAGACCAAGUGAAAGCCUUUCCAUGCAGAAGUCUGGCUUCCGGACUCCCUUGCUGUGGGGAUUUGACCUCUUGUGUUUCAGCCCCACUGCACAGAGCAGCGUUUUUGUGGAAAGGCUGUGGCUGAGAGCAAGGCAAGCAAGGGAGGUUUAGCCAGGGGAAGGCAUGGUUAGCAAGAGAAGAGAAGCUGGGUGAAGGAGACUAACCUUUGCCAAGUCUUCUCCUCCCCAUCACGACCAAGAUGGAGUCAGAGAAAGAAAAAUCAGUUUGCGUUGUCUCUUUUAUAGUGAGACUUGGCAUAAGUUCUAGGUUUACUGCCUAGGAGGAUUGUACACAGUCCUCAUAGGAACAUCCAGGCUGAGAAGCCUCCAAUCUGUCUCAAGGAGGACAGAAAGAUGGUUGUUUUUCUUUUUUUUAAAUAAUGAUGGACUCUUUCUUAAUAAAACACUUCUUCGUCUCGCU